AUGGAUGUGUUCAAUCAAAGCCAUAAUGGAGCCAAACCUACCCCACCCAAUCUUCGCUUAGAAGACACAGAUAGCAAACAAAGGUUGGCAAAUCGUGAAGCAUUGGUUGGAGAUGACCUGCCUUUUCGGACCCUCCCUCCGCCUGACAUACUAAGAGACAACUUCACAAACACAAGCACAGAUGGAGUCCCCCAUCACAUUGUCUCUCUUCUCUCGUUUGAUUCUUUUGUUCUUUUUCUGAGAGUCUUGGAUGGAUUGAAAUGGGAGGAAAGCGAAAGCCUGUCGCGGUCACCUGAAGCCACCCGGGCUAUGCCUAUGAUCGUGGCUUAAUUCAAUACAUAGAUUGCACCCUUUACUGUUUCCUGCAAAGCAAAUGCAUAACCGCAGGCUCUCACGAC